UGCUUGUCAGGACACAAGAAGAAGAAGAGUUACUAUUUUCUUCCAGUCUCAAAAAUAUGGAGGCGAUUAUCCGGCUAAUUCUGGGUCUUUCCCUCUUCCUCCUGGUGAAUGUAUUUGGAGGAGUGGAUGGACUUUACUUCCACAUUGGAGAGACGGAGAGAAAAUGCUUCAUAGAGGAAAUACCCGAUGAGACGAUGGUGACAGGUAACUACAAGCUGCAGCUGUACGAUCCGAGGACAGGCGGAUUCAUGCCCUCGUCACCCGGCUUAGGAAUGCAUGUUGAAAUAAGAGAUCCAGAUGACAAAGUGCUUCUCUCUCGGGUAUACAGCAGUGAGGGGAGAUUCACCUUCACCUCCCACACACCUGGAGAACACGUCAUCUGCCUCUACUCCAACUCCACCAAGUGGUUCUCUGGCUCCCAGCUGCGUGUACAUUUUGACAUACAAGUGGGAGAACAUGCAGUAGAUUAUGCAUCAGUUGCCCAGAAGGAGAAACUGACCGAACUACAGCUGAGGGUGAGGCAACUGCUGGACCAAGUGGAGCAGAUCACAAAGGAGCAGAACUAUCAGAGGUACCGGGAGGAACGUUUCCGCCAGACCUCUGACAGCACAAACCAGCGAGUGUUGUGGUGGUCAGUGGGCCAAGUUGUCAUCCUGCUGGGCAUGGGAUUCUGGCAAAUGCGUCACCUUAAGAGCUUCUUUGAGGCUAAGAAGUUGGUGUGAGCUUUGUGUGUGUGUGUUAUAGUGUGUGUGUGUGUGUGUGUGUGUGUGUGUGUGUGUGUGUGUGUGUGUGUGUGUGUGUGUGUGUGUGUGUGUGUGUGUGUGUUUGUUUGUUUUUAUUUUCAAAGGAUUGAGACAAGCUCAUAAUAUCCUGCCUUUAUAACAACAAAUUGUCAUAGUUUUCUGUAAAUUUAUGUGUACUGUGUGUGUGUGUGUGUGUGUGUGUUCAAUCAAUGGCUUUAGAUUGCCCAUGUAAUGUUUUUUCUUGAUCUUCAUGUGUGUGUGUGUGUGUGUGUGUGUGUGUGUGACAAAUUUUGAAAUGUGUAACUUAUGUGAUCAAAUGAUGCUUUAUUUUAUUUUAUUUUUUAUUUUUUUGGGGGGGAGUAUAGGCCGUUCAUCUCAAAGUAGCAGUAUGCGUUUGCAUUGUUCUGUCAUGGUAGUGGGAAAUGUGCAUUAAUCAUCACAGUUACUGGAACUUGUUAAUUUUGUGCUUCAGUUACUGCUUGUGGUUCUGAUAGGCAUUGUACCAGAGCACAGUAAGAAGGCAAGAUAUUAAGACAGUAUUCUUUGUACUAGAAAUUAUCGCAUUUGUUACUGAAAACUUCUUAGUCGUGGAAAAUUAAAUAAAUGAUGAGAUUAAAACACUAUUUGUCUCACUACAAAUCAUUGCAUUUAGUAUUGAAAACUUUUUGUAUCAUGUGAUCUGAGGAAGCUGUAAGAUUAAGGAAAGAUUAAGGAAAUAUUUAUCUUACUGUAAAUUACUCCAUAUGGUAUUGUGAACCAGGGAACUUGUAAAAUGCGUUUGUUGUUUUCUUGUUUUAUGUACAUAUUGACAAGCACAAAGAUUAAGUUUAUGAUUGGCGACACAACCAAUCCCUCCCUUUUUAUUUCCAUGUGCAAAUCUGUCAUUUUAGAGGCAAUGAUAAUAUUUAUUGUUCCUUUAUAAAGUGUGACGGUACGCUCAGCACAAUAAUUAUACAAUACAUAGAUCUAAAAAAAAUAUUUGGCUCGGUGUCAUAUUUUCUUCUUUAUUUUCAAUUUUUUUUCUUUUCCCAGUGUCUGUUGUUUGCUAUUCUACUGUUUGGCUUUGUGCUGUUUUUUUCACAUCAAUUGCCUAAGGUCUCAAAUAAAUCUCUAGUUUUUAAUUCUCUCUCUCUCUCUCUCUCUCUCUCUCUCUCUCUCCAUAUUUCAUUCUCUAUCAGAACAACUAAAAGAUUCACAAAUCCUCAUUCUCACUAUUUAUUAUGGACAACAUUUAUACUGCUAAACUGUAAAAAAUGUCUGCCUCAAUUUUCAACAUCAAUAAAUCAUCAUUAAUA